AUGGCGAACGACAACGGCAAUUCCGGCAAUGACCCUCUCCCGGAUGCGAAGCCCAAGAACAAGUGCAUCGUCUGCGGCCAGAGAAACACCACCCGCAGGUGCACCAUGUGCUCCAAAGACUUGAUCUGCAGCACCGCAUGUCAGUACAGCGCCACCAUUGACGGCGUAAAUGCUACGCAUUCCAAGCUCUGUGUGGACUUGCCCCAAACCAUCGCCGACAUUCUCUUCAAGAGCAUCAUCAUCAAUCAGAUUCCCACCGACCAGAAGACCCUGUUCGACUAUCGCUUCAAUGAUUUCAAUGAUCAUGGCAAGAGGAUGCUUGUCACUGCGUACAAGCAUGCCCUCGUCUACGAUGAUUCAGCACUCGCGAACUGGACAUCUGGAUGA